UGAAGUUUGUGGGAUUUAAUCUGAGAAGUCUGAUCAUUUUCAGCACAUGCGAGUAAAGGGUCUGCAAUGGAUCUUCAACACAGAAUCUCAUUGUUGCUCCUCAUCUUUUCAUCUCUGUUGGAGCUGACUAGUGGAAAUUUCACAGCACAUGACUGUGAUCGGCGAUGUCUGGCACAACUUCUGAUUGAUAAAAAACUACUGAGUCCGCCACAGAAUGAAAAUUGCACCACUGUAGUAAACAUCACUUCAAUACAAUAUGAGACACUGUCUUUUGAUACAAAGGACAUGCAAAUGAAUAGCCGCAUCAAGGUAAACAUGGAAUGGAUGGAUCCUGAUCUUGCGUGGACAAAGAAUUAUAGCUUUCCAACAAUUGUCAUGCCAGUUGACAAGAUCUGGACUCCUGGGAUCGUUUUGGACAAUGCGAUAGAAACAACUGUGGAGCCAUACACUAAUGAUGUGCAGGUGAGAAGGGAUGGGACUGUUGAUCAUGCAGUUGUCUUGUUCACCUCAGUGAGCUGUGAAAUCAACCUUUUUAACUAUCCCUUUGUGACUGGAGAAUGCCCUGUGGCCAUCAAUGGAUGGAGCCAGAAAUCUUGUUCGCUAAACCUCCAGAUCUCUGAUAAUGUAUCUUUGGUUGGCGGGUCUGGAGGAGAGUGGCAGACUUUGAGUGUCAUCAAAGUUUCUGAUACAUCACAACCAGAGAGUCGCAAUUAUCUCCAUGUCACGCUGUCCAUCAACCCCUUUGGUGCUUUUGUGACCCUGAUCCUGCCCAGUGCACUGAUAUUGCUGGCUGACCUUGUGAGCUUUGCUUUACCAUUUGAAGGAGGAGAACGCAACUCUUUUAAGGUCACAUUGGUACUGAGCUUCACCAUGUUUCUCCUCAUCCUCAACGAUCACCUGCCUAACGGUGGCAACUGCAGCCCUCUGCUCCAUUAUCAUUUCAGUUUCUGUCUGGUGUGUUUGGUGCUGAGUAUGCUGAUUUCUAUAGUGCUCACACGUCUGUCAGUAGAUGGCAGUAUUUUGCCAUGCAGACGCUCAAAGGUUCAUCCGUCCAACAGUCCCAAUCCUAAAAAUGACUGCCUGGAUAAAGAGAAAGAUAUGGGUUCAGAGAUUUCUUUACUCCAGAAAAUAGUCUUUUUUUUGGAGGACAUGGAUAAAGGAGAUGACAACAAGGAGAGUAACAUGGCUUUCGCGUACUUCAUGGACAAAUGCUGCUUCUGCUUUUUUUUAAUCAUUUACAUAAUUUAUGCCAUAAUUCUCAUUUGUGUUACCCAAGCAGACAUAUGUAAGGUUAAUAAUCUAGAUUUCUGGGAUAAUUCUAAGCCUCCAGAUUACUCAUUUGACUACUCAUACAGCUACUACUACUACUACUACCAAGAGUAACCUUCAUUUAACUGUUUCAAUAGAUCUGCUCAGCUCAGCUCUGGUCUGUUGUUUUGGUUUGUGAAUAUAACCUGAGGUUUAUGGAAAUUUAUAUAAGGUCAUAAUCUGAGACAUGGUUCAUAUAUUACAUAUUGAUUUAAUCAUAAGUAGAUCAAUGUUUUAAAGGCAUAAAUACAGAAUACACACAGAAUAUACUCUACAAAACAUGUGGUUAUACUGUAAUUAACUAAAAUAAAAUGAGUUAAUAGCUCAUAAAUUAUUUACUUUUAUUUAUUUUUGUGUGACUUGUAAUUUUUUACUGUCUAAUUAAAUCCACACACUUUCUGCAUGUUAUGAGGUAUACAGUUUUAUUGUAUUAAUCUGCUAUACUGAGUUACAGUAAUGGAUAGUCUUAAACUUUAUUGUAAAAUAAAUAAAUAAAAGAAAAAAAUUGUGACAUUUUACUGUGCUUUUUGUAUGAUUUAAUUAAAGUUGCAUGAA